AUGCUCGGAAGUCGUUGGAGCCGGGCCAGCGCUUCUGCGCUGUCCGCGAGUAUCUUAAGAGGUGCUUUGAAGUACGCCACAUUUAUGGGAAUCAUCUGUUUCAGCGUGAAGAGCGAGGGAAUCAAUGGUCGUCUGGUGGCCAAGAAUCGGAAUCGGUACAAAUGGUUCUGCCUGAUUUCAAGGAUACUGAUGUGUGGAAUAUAUAUUCAAAUAUAUAGACAUCUGAUGGUUUUGCUCAAUGCCUCUCAUUUUACGAUAAUCUUUGUCAUUCGUGUGUGCAUCUACAUUGCCUGCGCCGUCUUCACUCUGGUGAUACAGCUAUGGUAUGGACAACGAGUGGUUGAUUUGGUCAACCGAUUCCUAAGGCUUUUCCAAAGGAUACAUGCCCUUCCGGGAUAUGAGGAUGUGGACUAUGGAAGCAAAUGGUUUCUGACUCUGCUGCUCUUAAAAAUGAUUGGUCUGAUGUAUGAGAGUUGCUACUUGAUCCCAGCGCUGAUAUUCGAUUUCAAUGUUUUUUUUGCUCUUACCACCAUUUGCGAAUUAUAUAAUACUGCCAACGCAUCCAUAAUAUUGCAUAUUUACUUCGUGGCAUACCUUAGCAUAGGCAUAAUCUACGAUAAAGUCAAUUGUUAUGUGCGGCAGGAGCUCCGUCAGCAGUUGAGCGAUCUGAAGACAAUUAACGGAAUUCCAGUUAGCCGAAGGAAGCUAAAAGCAGCUGGCCAGUGUUUGGAUGAGUGUCUGGAAAUUUACGACGCGAUCCCCCAAGUGUUCUUGAGCCUAGGAUCGAUUGCGAUCUUCAUAAUGAAAAAGCGUGGGGGCGUCAGCUUAUGGUUCAUGGCUAUCAAGAUGUUAUUGGAUAUUUUACUGCUGACAGUGGCUGUCCACAUUGCACGCAGCAAUUCGCGAGUUGUGCGGCGGCUCAGCUUGGAGAACUAUUACGUUAGCGAGGAGAAAGAUUGGCAUAUGAAGCUGGAAAUGUUCUUGAGCCGUUUAAACUAUAAUGAAUUUCGAGUGCGUCCUUUGGGCCUGUUUGAGGUAUCCAACGAGCUGAUAUUGGUCUUUAUGUCCGCCCUGGUCACCUAUCUCACCUAUAUAAUACAGUAUGAAAUGCAGAGGGAAAAUCUUUAG